AUGGAGAAUUCUAUCAAAAAGGAAGAGGCGAAUCAAAUUAAUGCUACUAGUUCUGAGAGCAAACAAGCUGAAACCCCAAAGAUUUCUAAUAACUCUAAUCCUUUUCCAGUGUUCAAAGUACCAUUACCA